UUUUUUAUUGCUAGAUAUUUCGUUGCCAGGCAACCACCAACACCGCGCGAAAUGUAAACAAAACUCAAAACUACUUCGAGGUGAGAUUACCGAAUAAACUUUUAUUAUUUUACUGACUUUCAUAAUGUUAUCUCUAGUUCAACACAAUAAUGGAGUCAACAGAUAAUUCCAACUUAGAAGCUUUACAAAAUGAAGUUCAAUUUUACAGGCAAAACCAAGCAAUCGUAGAGCAAGAGAUAAGGACUCUAAUAGCUGACAAUCAGAAGCUGUCGGCGCAAGUAGGAGCCUUGCUGAAGGAAAAACUCCAGCAUGCGCAGCAUGAGAACAACGGCCACACUCACGAACUUGAUGAGCUGAGGAAACAAGUGGUUUUACUUACCAAGGAAAGAGAUUCCCUUCAUGUUUUGUGGCAGACUUCGCAGAAAACUAUUGAUGCUUUAGAUAUAGAAUUAAAAACAUACCAGACUUACGACAGUAAUAGAAGAGGCGAUCAAAAAACAACAGAUGAAAGAAGAGACUUGGGACUUAAGUUGGAAACAGCUUUGGCUGAUUACAUUGAAUUAGAAUCAAAAUACAAAAGAAUACACAAUGAACACAAUUUAUUAGAGGCUGAAUUGAAAGCUAGAGACAAAGAAAUAGCUUCGUAUAAGGAAAGAGGAAAAGAGCUUGAAGACGAAUUAGUAGAGGUCAAAAAAUAUUUGGAAGAAUAUAAAAUAAAUUUGUCUUCCGAAAUAAAGAGUCGCGAUGAUAUUAAAACACAACUGCUGAUUUGCCAGAAAGAAUGUGUUAAUCAAAUUAAAAAGGAAGCAGAAGCCAAAUCUAAGGUCGCAGAAGCAUUGCAACUUUUCGAUUUAGUAUCGGGUCAAAAGAAUGAAGCUUAUAAGAAAAUUGCUGAAAUUACAGCUGAAUUAUCAACACUAAAGCAAACAUUAGCUAACGUACAACGUAACAUAGAAGCAAGUUAUAGAAGAGAAAUAGACGAAGUUAAGGAGCAAUACAACGAAAAGGUUUCCGAUAUGCUUCAACAUAUCAGGAAUCUUGACAGUGAACUGGUCGAAAAGGGGCUUUUACUGAACAAAGCUUUAAGGGAAGUAAAAGUUCUACAAGCGACAAAUGAAAAUUACAUGAAACAACAACAAAACAAUAUAAACUCUACAGACCCUAAACUGGCACUCGCUGAGCAAAGACUUGAGGCUAUGUUCCAAGAACUGGUUUCAUCAGAACGUCGGAAUAUACAACUAGUGUGCGAGAAACAAUGCCUCACAAUGGACAUACAGAGAAUUCAAGAUGCACACACCAGAGACAGAAAAAGACGUGAUUGGGAAGAGAAUCUUAUGAAGACGCAAAUCGACGAACUGAAGCUGCAGGUAGAUCAUCUCCAAAAAUCAUUAGAUGAAACUCAUGGAAUGAUUAACAAAUUACAAACUAUGUUAUCAUCCAGGACUGAAUUAAGUCAAAAGAUGGUAUCAACAAAAGAAGAGGAAUUAUUGGAAUUAAAUAAACAUCUGGAGAAUCAAAUGGAACUUAAUAAAAAAUGGAAGGAUUCCUAUAUUGAUAUGACAGAGAAACUAAAGAAGAAAUUAGAUGCUUUGGAUAAGGAAAAUAAGGAGCUUAGAAAUCAGUUAAACAUGUCUAUUAUCAAUUCAACAAAUAAUGACAACAGUAGAUCUAGUUAACAAUAGUUAAAUAGUUGAAUGUUCCUUGAAUUCCUUGUUGUACCUUGAAUGUUCUUGAGUUAGUGAAAAAUGCUUAAAUGAGUUAGAAAAAAAUAAGAUCAAUGUAGUUAAAAUGUAUGAAGGUUACAGAAAAAUCGUUGUUAUUAAAUAAUUCGUACACAAGUCAAAGUGACUGUAUUACAAUAAUGAUCAUGAUUUUUUGUGUUAUGACUUAUGAUGAUCCAAAAUAUUUACUUCAUGUAUUUUAAAUAAUUUAUAUUGUGCAAUAUUAAAGUAAUAAAACAUCUAAGAGAGUACAUAAUUCAAUUUAUUUACAGAUUUUAAAUAAAUAUUAUUAACAAUUUAGUUUUUUUUCACUGUCUAGAUUUUAAGAUCAUCUAAAGCAAUAAAUACACACAUAUUUACAAAAUGUACAUACAUUAUCAAAUUGAUCACAUAUAGAUUGGUGAUAGUUUUAUCAUGAUUAACAUAAACCUCUAUUAUAAACUAAAUGAUUGAUCAGUCUAAAUAAAAUUAACACUAUCCUUGUCGGAUUCUUUAUCAUGGAAAAGGAUGUGACUACUUUUAGACAUAUCAAUAUAGUUUAGUUCAGAGAUGAAUAAAACUACAUAGGCACCAUUGACACAAAUAAUAAAAAUCA